AUCAUGGCACGGGGUCUGAUACCGUGGAUCUGGCUGAAGCGACCCGUUUAUAUCCAGGCCCGGUUCUCCUACCUACACAUGAAGUACCUGUUUUUUUCCUGGUUGGCUGUUUUCGUGGGAAGCUGGGUGGUGUACGUGGAAUACUCUUCAUACACAGAGCUGUGCCGUGGACAUGAGUGCAAGAACUCUAUUUGCGAUAAAUUCCAGAAGGGGGUGAUCGAUGGUUCAGCCUGCAACAGCUUGUGUGAGAAGGACACUCUUUAUUUGGGAAAGUGUCUCUCUGCCAAACCCAGCAAUCAGGUAUAUUCUGGCAGUUGGGGGGAUAUGGAAGGAAUCAUAAAGUGCCAGAUGGAGGAGGACCCUCAUUACGAUUUGGGUGCAGAACUGGAGCCCCGAAAAGAAUCCGCCUCCUUUAACAGGCCAACCAAAGGGACAUCAAUGGAGAAGUUCAAAGAGAUGGUCUUCAGCCAUCUAAAGGCAAAAGUGGGAGACCAAGCCAACUUAGCAGAUUUGGUAACCCUUGUGCUUGGAGUUGCAGACAGCAACAAGGAUGGCCAGAUCUCCCUGUCAGAAGCACAUUCAGCUUGGGCUUUACUGCAGCUGAAUGAAUUCCUGCUGUCCAUCGUGCUGCAGGAGCGAGAGCACACUCCCAGACUGCUGGGCUUCUGUGGGGACUUGUAUGUGAUGGAGAAGGUGCCUUACGUACCACUCUAUGGCGUCAGCCUUCCAUGGAUGGUAGAGCUGUGGAUUCCAGCCAGCCUGCGACGGAGCAUCGACCAGUGGGCCGCCCCAUCCUGGCCUCGCAAGGCUAAGAUAGCCAUCGGUCUGUUUGAGCUCGUUGAGGACCUCUUCCACGGCACAUUUGGAAGUUUCCUCAUGUGCGACGUAAGUGCCGCGGGGUUUGGUUAUACAGAGCGCCACGAUAUAAAGGUAGUAGAUGCAAGGCGUAUUGUUCCCGAAGCUGCUUUUCAGGAAGUGAUGCGUGAAAGGAGGUGCGAAGAGGACAGUGACUGUAUGUACGGCCGGGACUGCCUCACUUCCUGUGAUCUCACUAAGCACCGCUGCACUACGGAGGUCACACAGCCUAAUCUGGCGAAAGUAUGUAGCACACUGAAGGACUAUCUUCUGUAUGGUGCACCAUCAGACAUUAAAGACGAACUGGAGAAACAGUUGUAUGCCUGCAUUGCUCUCAAAGGCGCCAGCGAACAGAUGGAAAUGGAACAUUCCUUGAUUCUCAACAACCUCAAAACUCUGCUUUGGAAGAAGAUAUCUCACACGAAGGACUCAUAAUGAUAUAUAGAACUAAGUUAUUGUUCGUAUACAGAACACAAGAGAUAUGAACAAGAGACUGGUAUUGGACCAUCCAUGAUAUGCCUAAUAUUACGUAUUUUUAUUUUUGGCCUGCAUUUGCAGAGUACUGUCAAUAUAGCCUUUGUGGCACCUUGUUUUGUUACAUUACCUAAUCUUGACUCAGUCCCAAAUUAUAAAAGCUUAGGCUGCAGAGAGAUACUGCCUCUGCUAAUGCAUGUCCUCCACUGCCAAAUUUUAAAUCUUCCUGCGGAUUCUUGUUCAGGAAACUGAGACAAUCAGGCUGUAUCUAGUCCAGAGGUUUUCAAACUGAGACACAGAGGACCCCUAUUUGAC